GGUUGCUCCACUCAAGUCGAUUGCUUCAAAAGCUCCAUUAUCGCGAGCUGACAGCAUCCCACGCUGUUUUUUUUACAGUUUCUGUUUUCACUCCUCAUCUCACACUCUCCUGAGCAACUAACUCGUCGGCUAGAUUGCUGCUUUCGGAGUAGCAACUUGAACGAAAUCCGUAGGUGUUUUUUGAGUCGACUAAAAAAUCCCCGAUCUCCCCUGCUCGAUCUGAGUUCCAGGCAUUACAGUCGCUACCUUGUUCCGCCGCCGUCCUCGGUGUGUCUGAUCGAAUUGGAUUGACUUUCAGGCGAACGAGAUACGCACGGAUGGCGGUAUUACCUUGAAGCUCGACUUUCCCCUCCAUGGAUUGUCGCAGUUCUGGAAAGAACUCCGAUUCCUUCAAUGGAUGCGUCUAACUCGGAGGUUUGGGGACCAACUCCCGAGGCUUAACCCCGCACCACGCUUUUCCGAGCCUCGCAGGCUCGGCUCAAGAAUUUCAAGCUCGGCAAACGACAUUCCGGCUCGGCAAGCGACAGUCAGGCUCCGCAAACGACCGUCAGGCUCGGGAAACGACCGUCAGGCUCGACAGACGACCGUCAGGCUCGGAAACCGGCAUACGUAGCAUGACGAUGCCGCGGACGUCCACGCCGGUGCAGCCGGUGAUUGUAGUGGUGGGGCGCAAGUAUUGCAAGCCGUUCGAUACCGUGCUUGUAAUGAAGGACCGGCCGUUUUCGACGGACAAGGAGACGGAGAUUCACGACGUCGUCGGGAACCUGCACUUCAAACUGUCGGCCAAGCCUCUAUCCAUGCGGUCGAAGCGGUUCAUCCUAGACGCAGACGGUCAGCCGGUGUGCAACCUGGUGAGCAAGCUGCUCACGCUGCACGACACGACGUACCUGUGCCCGGGGUGCGACGCCAACUCCGACACACACCUGCUGCAGGCCAAGAGCGGUGUCAUGUCGCUGCGCCCCUGCAUGAAGGUGUUUCUACGCGGCAACACAUCCCUCGAGCCCGACAUCGAGCUCACUGGCUUCUUCUCCAAGCGCAACUACCGGAUUGUCACCCGGGACGGCAUAUUGCUAGCCGAGGUGCAGAGAGACGGCUUCACGCCUCGCAGCAGCGCGCUGCCACCCGCCGAGGCAUACUACUAUGUGCGCGUGCUGACAGGUGUCGACACCGCACUGGUGCUCGCACUCGCUGCGCUGGCGGACGACAUUGGAAAUGGGGAGGGGAGGGAAGGGGAGUGGGGGAAGGGGGAAGCGGAGGAGGGGAGGAGGGGAGGAGGGGUCUGGGUGGAGGAGUGUGACGAGGGAGGAGGGAGGGUAGGGGAGGAGGAGGAGGAGGAGGAGGAGGAGGAGGAGGAGGAGGAGGAGGAGGAGGAGGAGGAGGAGGAGGAGGAGGAGGAGGAGGAGGAGGAGGAGGGAAAUUGAAGCGGAGGGGAGGGGGGACGAGGUUGGAUGGAGGAGUGCGAGUAUUCUAAGAGGCAUUUUUUCUGCAGGGCGGGGGUGCUCGCUCGCUCUCACUCUCACACGGGCAGGCGAUGCGCACAGACACUGUGACCAGACACCAUGCACCCUGACCACACUGACGAGCCGUUAUCAUAUUUACCAUCCUGAAUCCGCUCACUGCUCGCUCAGUACUGCUAACCUGUCACUCCUGCUACUACUCACCACCACCACUUCUCCUCCACCGUUUUCUCUACAGCCACUCUGAAUCAUUGACACUGAGUCACUGACUGCAAUGACUGCAAUGACUGCAAGGGCUGCAAGGGCUGCAAGGGCUGCAAGGGCGGACUAACAAUGCUACUUGCAAUGACGCACCACAGUUGACCACCGCAGUUGUCUUGACACACACCUGUCGUCACACCGUACCGUCCUGCAGCUCGGAGCCUUUGUUUCAGAACCAUCGUCUAGGCGUCUGCUUUCCCAAGUCACCUUCUUGGAGCUUCUUGGAGCCUUCUUGGAGCCUUCUUGAUUCUCACCACCCGGGUCGUCUUCUCCUCUUACAUCCGCUGAUUGCUGGCCCGUGGGCCGCCUUUGCAUGCACUGGCCUGUGUGCGUGCUCCCAACAGGACACUGCCCAUUCUCUCUCCCCCCCCCUUCCCCCCCCCCCCCCCACCUGUUAGCUAAUCUCCGACGGUCCGACCCCUUGCUGCUGGGGUCAGUAGAUUAGCUAACCAGGGCAUGAGCUAAGUACUUCGGAAUUGGAUCCCUCAGCGUCUAAUUUGCUGCUCAAUCAUUUUCGUAUGCGCAACAAAGGCUUUUCCCCCUCUCCCCCGGUGCUGUUGUGCUCGUCGAUGCUGUUUGAAAGCAAUCUACCGGUACCAC